AUGAGGCCUUCAAAGAUUUUACUGAACCAGCUUAGCUGGUCAUUGUUAUUAAUAACCGCCGUGAUGGGUAUGGACGUGGAUCACGAUCAUAUGGGGGAUGAUGAGCAUAGUGGAACCGCUGGGGGUAUGAUGGCUACCAAUACUUCAGAAUUAUCGACAAUUCAGCCAACCGCUCAUGAAAUGAAACAUCACCAUGGUUUACCAAUCUUGAACACCACUUUGACUCCAGCAGAAAGACUUUACUGGGAAAGCUACAACACAACAACUUAUUUCACUAUUGACUCACCAAAUAAAUCUGCUUUAUGGGUUCAUAUUGCCACAUUGCUUGGUUCAUUAGUUGUGAUUUAUCCUAUUGCUUUGAUUUUGAACAAUGUUAAAUCUAAAUGGUAUUUACCAGUGCUUUUGGUCAACUUCGUAACUAUGUUGGUAUCAUUGAUCAGUUUGAAGGUUUUCAGCUCAAGUGCACCAGAUUUAUAUCCAGGGAACGCAUAUGCUAAAAUGUCUUGGAUCUUUUUAUUUGCUUUAAUAACACAUUUUGUAUUGGCUGUUUUAUAUUCAGCAUCCAAAUGGGUAACAGGUUUAGAUGCAGAUGAAGAAGAGUUCAACCAUUCUUUUGUUCCAUUACGUGAUAUGAGUGGCUCUUCACAUUCAAGAAAUGAUAGUUCAAAUAUUGAUUUAGAAAGAUUGGCUACCGAGGGGUCACGUUCACCAUCUACCUUAAUUGACUCAAAUUCAGAUAGAUCUCAUAGAUAUAAAGACUCGAUUGAAAACCGCGAUAGUUCACAAACUCCAACAUAUUUCCGUGAUAAAGACUCAUUGGAUCUUGAUAACAUAGCAACUGAUCAAGAAGCUGAAGCUGAAUUUCAGAAGAUCUACAAACCAACUCCACUGAAACAAUCAACAACAAUGAGUAAGAGAGAUCAAUAUUUAAAUAAGGUAUUUGGUUCUGAUAUUAUUCAAAAAGCUUCUCAUAAAUUCCACUAUUUGAUUUCAUUCUUGUUCACAUUAACUAAUUUGCCCCUAUUAGGUUACAUGCUUGUAUAUGUUGGUGUCGGUACUUGUGUUGGUAAUUUGAUGGGUCAAGGUACAAAAGUUUUCAAUUUAUUAGCACAUUUUAUCAAAGGUGGUGUUUUCGUUCUACUUGGUCUUUUCUCAUUAGCUCGUUACUGUGGUGCAUUAUCAAAAUCAGGUUUAGCUUGGAAUAAAGCUGUUGUGUUCAAAAGCCAAGUUGAUACAAAUUCUUUCUGGUAUAGAUGGACUCCACAUGGAAUGGUUACAAUGGAAUUUUAUGAAAGUUUCUUGAUUUUUUUUUAUGGUACAACAAAUGUUUUCUUAGAGCAUUUAGCUUCUGAAGAUGGUACAUGGACUGCCAAAGAUUUACAACAUGCAUCAAUUGCAUUCAUGUUUAUUGGUAGUGGGUUAUGUGGAUUGAUAACUGAACAUGUUUUGUCAGAAUGGAGAUUCAAUCAAGUUUUGUCAAAUACUAGUAUUAAUCCAGCAGCUAUACAUGCAGGCUCACCAGGAUAUUCACCAAAUCCAUUUCCAGUCUUCACAAUCUUUUGGACUGGUAUUUUAAUGUCUCAACAUGCUCAAGCUUCAGAAACAUCAACUUUGAUUCAUAUGCAAUGGGGUUAUCUUUUAUCAUUUGGUUCAUUCUUCAGAUUAUUAACAUUCAUUUUAUUAAUGCUGGUUCCAAAUAAGAAUUUAACUCCAGCUAGACCAUUCACAGAAUUAAUCACAUCAUUUGCUUUAAUCUGUGGUGGUUUCAUCUUUAUGCAAAGUACUGAUCAAAUUGUUGAAGCUUUAGAAUAUAGAGGAUUAACUAGUAUGUUCAUAUUGAACGUUAAUGUUGGUAUUGUUGCUUUAGUAAUGGGUUGGGAAAUGCUUUUAAUGGUUUGGAAAUAUUGGUUACAAAGCAAAAGACAAAUUUAA